CUGAGUGUGUAUAUACUAAUGUCCGAUAUUAAGGAACUGCUAGAACCAUUAGAACACGCUAUUAGUGAUGCCCUGAUACCAUCAAUUACGGGCCAUACAUGCACAACGAGUGAGCGAGAACUGCUGGCACUACCAAUGAGGAAGGGAGGACUGGGACUAGAAAACCCAGUUGAGCGAGCUGGAUUCGAACACGCAAUGUCUCUUCAGGUAACCGCCCCUCUUGUCGCGCAAAUCGUAUCCCAGGCGCAUGAACCUCCAGAUGAUGCUCUGAUAAGAUCUUUGCAGUUAACCACGCGUAAAGAGAGACAUGUGAGACUGGACAACAAAUUAGAAGACCUGAGGAACUCCCUACCCGAGAAGACCAAGAGAGCGGUCGAUCUCGCAACAGAGAAAGGUGCUUUAAGAUGGCUAACUCUCAUCCCGGUAAAGGAAAUAGAUUUAAAUCUCAACAAGAGAGAAUUUAAAGAUGCAGUCCAUCUAAGGUAUGACUGGCAGAUAAGUGGCGUACCAAAUGUAUGUGUCUGCCCUUUGAUGUCGAUGAUGCAAUGAUUUCUAAACGGAGGGGCUUCAUUAUACAACGCGAUAACGAGCUGCGGGAUCUUGAGGCGCAGAUGCUUAACCUGGUCUGUCAUGAUGUUGAAAUUGAACCUGUUCUGCAGGAGAUUACCAGUGAGUCAAUAGCCUGCUAAUACAGCCCCCGAUUCCCGGCUUGACAUUCAUGCACGGGGUUUUUGGUGUAGACAGGCUUCCACAUUCUUUGACGUACGGGUGUGCCACCCAAAUACAGAAUCUUACAAUGACCUCACCCCUCAGCAAAUAUAUCGCCAGCAUGAGAACGAGAAGAAACGUAUGUACGCAAGCCAAGUUAUGGAGGUGGAGCAAGCCACGUUCAUGCCGCUGGUGUCCACCACUACAGGUGGCAUGGCACCUGAAUGUCAAGUCUAUCACAAGCGACUAGCGGAACUCCUGUCAGCCAAGAAAGGCGAGGACUACUCGACUACGAUGUCGUGGAUAAGAACCAGAAUCUCAUUUGCCAUUCUGAGAACAUCCCUCCUAUGCUAAAGGAGAUCGCGUUCAAUGAGGAGAGUAAAUCUCAACCUAAAAGAGAUGGACUUUAACAUCGAAAGAGGACUUUUAGGACGCUAGAUUUUGAUUUAAAGAAAAGAUAUUGAAUAUUGCAUAUUCAAUUAUUACUGCUAUUUAAUAUUCUUAUCGUUGUUGGUUCAUGUUGAAAUCGUGCCAGAUUUUAAAGAGGAAUGAGGGAAAUAAUGUUAAAUAUUGGUAGUCAUUGCUCAUAGUAAUAGUAACAGUAAUUAGUAGAGAAACAUUGUCGUGGAUUAUAUUUCAAGAGAUAUUGAGACAUUACGAUCUUUUCUUUUCUUUCUAACAGAUGUUAAGGUACAAAUUUCGUUUUAAUUCUUUUUUAAGUGAAGCACUGUAUAUGGGUCUUUUUUAUGAGUAAUAUCAUUAAGCUAGUAUAGACGAUCAUAUAAGCGACGACAGGCAGCUGUGGUCAUCAAAUGCGGUUAGCACUGCAAUAACGCCAGUUGAAAAUCAGAAUUUCUUGUCGAUCUGUUUCCUGCAUGUUGACGUUCAAGCAAUAAAAUAUUCAUUGCCAUAUGGAGACAGCAACAGAUUAACCGAACUCUUUUCUCUUGAAUUCAAAAGCACGCAUAUUUACAACAUUUCUUUUUAAUUACAAGUCUCACUUUACUCUACGAUUUAUCAUUCAGGGUUUUGAAAUCAAACGCCAUAAGGAAACUACAUGGUCAAACUUUUGUCAACUUAAAAAGACUAUCUUACCUGUAAGUGAAACGCUGUAUAUUUGAUAAAACAAUUAAAUAAGGAUGAAAUACAUGUUGCAGCGAGUGUUCAGCCUAGAGACGUUAUGUUGGUAGAGAGACUCAGAGAGAGUGGAAGUACUGUACAAAGUGUUAUCUGCUCUUCUGUCGCUGGCUUGGUUCGCCGGGCUUGCCUGACCGACAUGAUUACAUGUUUUAUUUCCAGCCCGAUUAGGCGGGAUUGUGACAUCACAAUACCAGGAUCCCAGUUAACCCACCUGGCGUGCUUAUAGCGUAGUCACAAAUCUGAUUUUUGUUGUCUUAAGGAGCCAAGAUUUCGGCAAAGUGUCAAACUGGGUAAGAUCCGCUGAUGUAAUCAGGUCCUAUUAAAAAUUAGUUAAAGGUAUCAGGAUAUUUCGUUAACCACCUCAUCAUUAUGCAUUUAAAAUUUCCUAUAAUUGAUUUUUUUGUGGCAGCUGCAGUAAUUGACCUUUGAUUCUGUAGUGAGUUUAAGGGCGAAUGGGCUAAAAGUAAAAUAUUAAUAAAAUACAGGUAAAAAAUGUUAGGACUAGACGAGAGAAUAAACAAAUAUUAUCCUUGUUUCUUUUUACAGGUUUUUGGAAUCAAAUCUCAUAUUUGAGCUUCCUGAAGGAGUCUUUUCCAGUCAGAAAAGCCUACGUUUCCUGUAAUGUGUUUUAUGACAGCUGUAACCCCGUUUUCCCAUGUGGUUAAUCCAUUUGCGGUUUCUUAUAUCAUUAACACCUUAGUUUUAAAGACAAAGAGAGAAAAAGCGUGCCAAGAAAAAAUGUUUUAAUACGAGAAAGUAGGCAAAAAUCCGCAGGGUGGGGGGGAGUGGUUACUCCCUCAUAUAGGCUAUAUAGGUAUCUCCGGCGCCAAAGGGUAUGGUUUUUUAGCCGUUUUGGUCAGAAAUAGGGUAUCAAUUUUGACCAUUUUGGUCUGAAAUAGGGUAUGGUUUGUGCACUCUUGUCUUGAAUCGGGUAUGUUUUUUAGAGGAAGCUACUUCUUCAUCAUUAGGCGAUAAGGCUAUUUCCCGUUUAAUGUUUACGCCCACCGUGUACGUGCCGUAACAGUACAGUUUUGUACUGUUUUGUAUUCUACUUAAUAAAAGCGUAUAAACAUUUCCUUUAACCUUGGUCUGCCCUGGGAACUGAUUAUAAGGCAGGCCUGUAAUAAGGUAUUGAUUUAAAGGUCAGGUCUGAAAUAGGGCCAUGACCAAAUUUUUGAUCUGGUCUGAAAUAGGGUAAGGGUUUUAGGAAAAGUGCCGCAGACCCUUACCCAAUUUUUCUGGAAGUACACCCCCCACCCCGGGCAAAAAACACGUCUGAUCGGGAUUCGCGGCACUCCAAGACGUUUGCGUUACCUCGCCCCAUGUAAGGUUUGAAUUCUGGGUUCCACGUUGUGGAUUCCGACUUCCAGAUACAGGAUUUCGUAUUCCUUAAUUUGUCGUUGGAACGUGGUUUCCAGAUCUUAUCGUAAGCGGAAUUCCGGAUUCCUUGAACUGAGUUCCAGAUUAGAAAGCACAAGAUUGCAAUUCAGAAGCAAAAAUUUCCAGGAUCACCUUACAUUGGGUAAAGGUGAUGUUACAGGAGACGAUUUUAGCGAAACACAGCGUUGCAAGAUUGUUUCGAAUAGUUACAACUUUGUUCCAAGAUUGCAAGGCUGUGUUGAGCUAAAAAUCGUCGUUGCGAAUCGUCCCGUGUAACAUCACCUCAACAAGGUUUUACUGCUAUGGUUUUAGUCAUAUGGGUUUAUGAUUUUAAAGAGUUAUAGAGGGAGUAUGUUGCGAUUAAAAGCCGAGUAACAAAAAUUGUCAAUAUUCUGAUCGUUUCUAUGAAAGAUUUCAUCAUGAGUUUUUCGAUGUCAAAGGAUCUACAUUGUCGUCUCUGUGUCUUGAAUAAUCUUAUUACGUAUUGUUAUUAUUCUAUUCUUUACCACAAGAAAACUGUCUUCAAACGCUAUAACAGUGCUACCUGAAAGAGUCUUCGCCAACUUAACCAACCUUCGCUAUUUGUAAGUGAAACGCGUCUCUUUAAAUUUUCAAUUGGAUUAAAUUUCAACGCCGUACCGUUUUUUCUUUUAAUUAUUUUAGGAUUUCGAUGUUCAAGUUUUCUUCGCACAUUUUUUAUCUCAAACUGGUGCAUAAUUUGCGUGUAAAACUAACUCUUUUCAAUUGGAUUAAAUUUCAACGUCGUACCCUUUUUGCUUUUCUUUUUUUUAGGAUUUUUCUCUUUGCAAAAUUAUAUUUCAAAUUGAAUGUUGAACUUCAGUCGUCAAGUGUUAACAAAGCAUACGAUGUUUAGUUGAUUGUGAGUUUAAAGUUUAAACUGAAGGACAAUAUCAUAAAUUUAUUUUUCCAGAGAACUGAAGUCAAACAAUAUCAUAGUGCUACAUGAAAGAGUCUUUACCACUCUACGAAAUCUACGUGAACUGUGAGUAAAGAAAAACUCUGGAACAUAGCUAAUAUUCUGGCCUCUCCCAUCCCCAACUUAGUGGGCCUGUUAUUUUAAACGGAUUUCAACCAGUGUUUAACAAAAACGUGUUCUUAGUCAUUUUCAGUUUGCCCAACGCUUUUAUCAAAACACCAGUUUUCUUGAACAGUUUUAUUAAUGCAGACUAGAAAAGCAUUUAUCUUCUUAAAUUAACCCGGCACUAAGGAGGAGAUCUAGAAGUCCAAUCAUAUCUUAAACAGCGGUCUAGGUUAGACUUUGUUUAAAUAACCGACCCAGUGAUUCUUGGUAGAUAGAGCGAGUUUGCUAUGCAUGAUUAAAAUUUCCGGUAGAUCCAGUUGUGUAUGGAUUUAUUCAAAGCGAAGUUCAAUGCAAAUUUGAGUUGAUAAUAACAUGGUUAUCAUUAUCAAUUUUCGUUAUUUCUUUUUCUCAUUUUUUCAAGUUGCAAUGACGUUUUUCACAUUGACCGUCAAAAUUUCUUUUAUCGUUAGGGAUUUGUCCUUCAAUAAGAUAAAAGAGCUACAGGAAGGUAUACUUGGAAACCUAAGAAAGCUGGAAGAACUGUAUGUGAAGACAAUAGAAACACCUUCUUCGUACACUUAUUUCAUUAGUUUAAGCUAAUUUUGCCGGGUAGAAAAAAUUGAGUUCACCUACUAUUUAUUUCAUUAAGGACCUCUUUACAUGGAAGUGGGGGCCUCUAGGUAGGUGAGGUAACCCACUUAGUUGGGUAACCCGCCUGUCCAUAUAAUCUCUCAUUUUAAUUUGAUCACGUUUACAUGACCCGCCACAUGUUACCUCACCUGUGGGGUCCCCACCUCCAUGUAAACAGGCCCUAAGGCCGUAGGGUACACCCAUUCAUGAAUAAAUUCAUAAGGCAAAAUUUUGCUUGUGCCGUCUCUUCUAAAACACAAGGAUUGUUUUCUACUUUCGAAGAUGGCAAAAACAUGAUCUUGUAUUCCAGUUUGCGGAUCGGAAAGACCUUUUUAGCUCAUAUGUUUUGCUUUCCCAUGUCAUAUCACAUGAUAGUACCCCAGAGAACGGUUUCUUUCAAAUGUCGUCCUAUGCACGUGUAUCCACGUGCAUAGGUAUGGAUAAUUAUAAAAAAACAAAAGGCGAAUUUAAUGGUGUGAAUGAAGAGGCUGUUCUUGUACUGCUUUUAGACUACAGUACGCUUAAAAUGCUCUUGUGGCGAUUUUAUAGCCGAAUUUUUAGUGUUUUAUGAACUGAAGGAAAAUUUUAAGUAGUUUUUUCAAUUACUGUACGUGAUAUCUACAUUCCGUUUGUUAUUAAUGAGAACAAUUGUUAAAGAAAUGCAAAUGAGAUGCACAGUGUGUUCCACCGAAACUGCAUUGCUCAGAAACCACUCUACCGAGUGGUUUAAGACCCUGUCCCUUGUGGACAUGGCCUUAAUAGAGGGCGGUGUUUAUUCCCGAGCGAUUUUUAAUCGAGUAAUUACGGUAUUCUUAUAAAUAAAUCAGCAAGGCCUUGCUUAAAAUUUUCUUUCUAAGCCCAAAGGACGAGGAUGUACCACAAGUUAGGUACCUUAACAACUAAGAUGGUACGCGCGCACUGAUUGGCCGAGAGGAGUGUUUGCGUGAGAGUAUGUAAACAAGCAACAAACAUGGUUGUGAUGUCAAGAUGUUUUCCUUUUCGCGUGCUAGUCACGCAAGCACGAAUUUGACAAAGAUUUUGAGUUCAAAACUCGACAAGUUUACUUUAUUUACCCAUUCCUUCGUCGGCUGAAACUUGGAAAAUCUUUACAAACCAGCUGUGUCAAUUUUGUUUUCGCUUAAGCUGACAUUUUAAGCCCGAAAAAUCCGUACUUUGGAAAGCAUCCUUUAGCAAAACAAGAACUGAUUACGCGUACAAGAGUUCGUGGGUUACGAAUUUAUGUGUACAAGACUUUGCGACUGGUAAGAAUUUCUCUUUUAAUCAGGGCCAUAACAAAGAGUUUUGCGUUUUUCUCGGCAAAGUUAUUUUAUAAAAGCAAUAGAAAACUUUUUUUCGUGUGUUUGCAUAGCCUGAUAUAUAAACACUGGAGGGGUCAUGAGAAUUCUCGACAGUUAUGCUGUAAAGCUGUCUCGAAUCUCAUGUUUAUAUCAGGCUAUGCAAACACGGGAAACGUUUUCUAUUGAUUAAUUAGUUAACGUUUAUCGAUACAUUAAUAUUUUUCAAUUAUUUUAAUGGCGUUGUCUCUUUGUUCAUUGUGGUACUUUUUGCUUUUUUUUUUACAGGAAUCUGUACUCGAACUCGCUAACAGCUAUUCCAGGGCUAUUAUUUUCGAACCUAACAAACCUGAAAAAAUUGUACGUUACCUCUACAAUAAUGUCCACAACGAAUGAACGAGCACACCGAUUACACUAAUGGCCCGUUUACAUGGAGGUGGGGGACCCCAGGUAGGGUAUCAUGUAAAUGUGAUUAAGCGGGUUAACUCAGCUACCUGGGGUCCUCCACCUCCAUGUAAACAGGCCCUAAUUCCUCUUCUAAUCGGUCAAAAUUUUAACUUUACAUGUUAUAAAUGUGAUCAGGCCUAUCUCUAAAGUGCACUUAACUUAACCUGGUAAAACUUUACAACUCCAGGAGACAUUUUUUGAAUUUAUAAAACAAACAAAGGGUGGAUGCAUUUGCAACAUACGAGUAUAGCUUUCGCAUUUGCUCACUGGAAUUUUUAAUUGUUUUUAGGCUUAAAAACAAUAAGAAACUUCCAGCAGGCAAAUGUGACAGCUGUACGCGUUUGUUGUAAAUGAAUCCACCCAUAACAGGAAUCAUAUUAUCAACACAAUUUUUGUUUAUUGAUUAUUUCAUUAUUAUUUUCCGGUAAGUUUUUUUCGUUCCUACAUGUACGUGACUGUUCAUUAUCAACAAGCUUUCUGCUCGUUAUUUCUAUGAGACUACCGUUUUAAUUUUCACUAUGUUGUCUAAGGUUUCUGUUCGAAAUAAAUAUUGAAUUGGUUCCCUAUAAACAACGCAGAACAUUUGACAAUCCAGCACUUUGCUUCACUUUUUGAAUUGGCGUUAUUAAAUAGGCCGUUCCUUCAAACAGGUAUUUAUCAGGAAACCCUAUAAACGAGUUGCCGGGAAACCUUUUUGCCAAUUUGAAUAAUUUGGACUACAUCCUGUAAGUAAAAGUUGCAUUUAAAAAAAUUAACUUGUGUAAGUUAUUCAUUUUUCAAAUCAUAUUAUCACAAAUAACCAUAGUAACACACUUGGGUUGUUUAAGGUCCUAAUGAUGUUUCAUUUUCCGGGAAAAGCCCCCGGGGCGGAAGACGAUAAUUUUUAAUUUUUAAUAUUAUUUUAUUAUUAUCAGACCUUAAUACAUAGUCACGAAUUAAGCCAAUCAGAACCUUUUAGUUUACAUAAUUAUACAUUCCUUGUUAUCAACAAGUGUAAACUUAUACUCGUUUAAAGCGAAGCCUAAAAGAAUCUAUGUAAUAAAUGGCGCAUGCGCUCAGAGCUUCCCACGCAGACAUUCUUAGGCGUGCAUCACUAAGAAUGUCUGCGGGAGAGGCUAAUGCGCUCAAUGCCGCAUAAGAUUUUAAAACUGUCAGGCCAACUUUUCUGCAAAGUCGCCGGGAGAUUUUUCUUCGUUAUUUUCAACGAUUUAACGCAUAUUAUUUUGGGUGGCUUAAGCAAAGACAUUUUUGUAUUAGCUCAAAUGUUCAGGCAAUCAUGGCGUAGCUCUCGCACGAGAAGCGCGCGCCGCGGAGCACCAGCGGAUAAGAAAAUGUGGUAAUCAACCGAGAAAUUUUGGUAAUCACGUGACCGUACACCGACUGCCCGACCGCCCGCCCGAGAGACCGUCCGUCCGCACCACAGGCAUAGCAAUGUAAAAUAACUCAAUCAACAGGCAUGGCAACCCAAAUGCAACUCGAGAUUAUUUUGGCGGGAAAUCGCAUAGCCACCCGUGUCUUGUAAAGCUGGGGCAGCUAAAGAGUCAAUAAAGACGAAACCGGAAAGCGAAAAUUUUUUUGUUGUAAGAACAUGAAAAUUUUGUAGCGGCGGUGACAAAAUGAGAAAUGCUAGCGUCCACCAAUGCAAGGAGAAAAUGUGCUGCAGUGAACGAGAAUACGUACGAUAUUUCCUCCAUAAAAAGGUUUCUGGAAGUUUCACCUUGUAGUCGUGCAAAGCAACGGAAAAGAAAUCUACAAAAAAAGUGUGCUGCACGUGCAAAGUUGCUUUUGCUAAUAAGACCUUUUCUUGUUUUUUCAACGUUCUCAGGCGUUGCCUUCGCCGCUUUUCAUCACACGAUUUUAUAUUUUGUUUGAACAAACUAUAAAUAUUAUCGAGAGCUUCCCUUUUAGCCCUGGCUAAAUCUAUGUAUUAUUUAUAACAAUAAGAACACUUUGCUUAGCAUUGCAAAUUUGAUAGCGUCAAGGCAUAUUAUGAGGGGGAAAAGGCCUCACUUCCGAUUAACGUGCGUCGCUCAAAAACGCUUUUGCUUAACAAGCUCUCUUUAAAAAAAGGAAUUGCAGUAGCUUACGAUUUGUGAUGUCCCGUUGGUAGGUCCUUGUCUUAUAACUCUAUUACAGCGUUACCUGACGGGGUGUUUUCGAGUCUGACGAAGCUAGAAACACUGUAAGUAAAACGCAGGCACACUCAGUUGUAGUUUUUCUUCUCUAUUUACUUAUUAUUUGUUUAUUUUAAUGUAACGCAAUUCUUUUCAAACUUCCAUCGUCUCGGCUAUUCUUUUGAAUUACCCUAAUGCAGAUAUUUGUCUUCGAACGCCUUAACAGUGGUAUCCGAACACGUGUUUGCCAACCUGAGACUUCUAAACCUUCUGUGAGUAGACUGCAAGCGAAAACUUUGACCCGGCUGCAAUGUGUUUGCUGCAUGCGAUUAGCUUACAGAACGUUACCACUCAUGUGGUCUAAAGCUUACCUUCCUUACAGCCGUCGUAGUUUUAAACUAGACCCUUUCUUAUUCUAGAUAUAAAAAAAACCGAAUCUAAUAAUUGUUUUAUUAUACAUUAAAAGAAAAAAAAGACGGUCACGACAGUAAGUGGAACUGAUAAUUUAUUUCUAAACAGGUAGAAACACCUCAGGUUCUCUCAGUUUUUUCUCUUUCACGUGAUCAGCAAACAGCUCCUUUGCCACCUUCGUCGACCUUUUUGCGUUUGUGAGUUCCUUUCUUCAACUAUUUUUGCGAUGUCUUGCUGGGUCAACGAAGCAAGACCUGGAAGUCCUGUUUUUGCUUCUUUGCUUGUUCCCCGACGACAAGCGGCACAAAGUACGCAAACUUGAUAUGAUUACCCUUAGAAAUCAAGCGCCGCGGUCAUACACGACAUGAUUACCCGAGACCUUGAGUGUCCUUGACUUGAUUAUUGUAUAAUCUGCAGCUAGAUGAGGUCCCAGGCGCUGAGUUCGAAACUUCACUGUACGCUUUCGGCCAAUAAGAAAAGAGAUAGUGAGUUGAAUGUCUAAUAUAUAUAUAUAUAUAUUAGGCAACAUGAGGAUGACAACAUUUACCGAUCGAGACUUUGAUUAUUCCGGUCAUCACAAAAACCGAAUCUAAUACUGAUUUUAUUAUCGGCGGCAGCCGAAGGCUGAGGAUGACAACAUUUACCGAUCGAGACUUUGAUUAUUCCGGUCAUCACAAAAACCGAAUCUAAUACUGAUUUUAUUAAACAUCGCUUUUAAGGAAAUAACGAUACCCACACCUUCGCACGACAGUUAGUAGAGGGAACACAGAUUGACAUUGCUCUUGAAAAUUAUGCGUUGCACGCGCAACCUACAGAUUAGUCAUUCAUCUGCUAGCAGAUAACUGACUAAUCUGUUGGCUGCGCUGAUGUCAAAAAUAAACUGUAGGCUCUUAGCCAAUGAGAGGACAGAUAGUGAGUAUAAUGUAUAAUAAAUAGAAGAUCCUCAAAGUUAAAAACGCAACUCAGGCAGUUGCAGAAAGAAAGCCUGAAAAAAUUCAGGCUUGCGGAGAUUCGAAUCAUGUCCUCUGCUGUAACGGUACGGGCAAAGAUGAAGAUGAAAUAACACAUAUAGGAAUUCAAAUCCUUUUUAUUUAAAAAAAAACUUUUAAAAGACAUACCUCGCUCGAUGUAAACUGAAGCACCAUUUCUUCUUAGCAUUUGCCUGUUCAUUGGCAUUUUCAGAAUAUAAAGGCAUUUUUAGUCUAGCAAAUACUCUUCAAACAGCAUUUCUCAUCCCUCCGGUAGUAUUCCGCUUUUUUUUUUUUGUUAUUUUUGGUAUCUUCUUUGGCCAGAACUUUGGCUUUUUUUUUCUUCCCAAAACGUGUGAAAUCAUUUUUCAUGGCAUUUGACUCAUUUUAAUGAUAUCGGUAAACAUCUUCCAAAUUUGGUCAAGAGUAGCUAAUUAUGAAUAACCAGCCGGCGAAAUAUUCCAAUAAAAAAGGAGAAGAGCAAGAAAAGGAAGAAAAAGAAGAGGGAGAAUAUUUGAUAAUCCGCAUGAUCUAAAAUUAUUCUUUGUUUUUUCUCCAUUACGCAGUGGUUUGUCUUCAAACGCUAUAACAAUGAUUUCUGAAAAAGCGUUCGCCAACCUGAGAAGCCUGUUGAUACUGUAAGUAAAUGCAAUAUACAGUCACAGUAUAAUCAUGUAUAAUUAUUCGUUGUAGUAGUAGUAGUAGUAGCAGUAGUAUCGUUAUCGUUAUAAUUAAUGUUCUUAACCCAAUCAUUGUCAUUGUCAUUGUCAUUUCAUUGUUAAUAUCGUUAUUACUAUUAUUAUUAUCAUUAAAAUUAUAAUUAUCGUUAUUAUAAUCAUAAUUAUUAGCAUUGUCUUCAUCAUCAUCAUUGUUAUUAUCAUUAUUGUUAUGAUAAUCAUUAUCACUAUCAUUUCCAUAAUUUUUAUUAUUAGCGGAGCACCAUGGGUAAGAUUAUUUGGUAAACUGUGCAUCCAAGAAAUUUUGGUUUUGAGAAAAUCGUCCGUCCGGGGUACGUCCGUACGUACGUCCACCCCUUCAUGUAAGCCGGGAUGUAAUUUUGCAUUUCAAGCACCCGAGUGUUUUCACGGUAAAUCGAAUUGCUUCCCGGACUUUUAGAGAUAAAAACAACAACAACAAAACCGAUUCUUUACUUCGACUUAAUUUUAAUGUCUACAUUGGCGUGGAUAACAGAGAAAGAGCUAGAACGAAAGGUAGAAAACGAGGAGACCAAUUUCGUUGUAAGAAAAACAACAAUUUUAUAUAUAGCGGCGGUAAGAAAAAGGGGAAAUGUUAGCGGCCACCAAAGUGAAAAUGAGCGGCAGCGAAAACAAAAGUGAACAGGAACACAUAAAACGCGUAACUAGGAAGUUUCUGGAAGUUUCUUAUUGAAGUCGUGAAAAACAACGCCCAAGAAAUGUACUAAAAAAGUGUGCUGAACGUGCAAAGUUGUUUUUUGUUGCUAAUUAGACCUACUAUUUUUAUCGCUGUUUUCGUUGGCGUCGCCGCUUAACAUUACACUAUUUUAUAUUCUAUUUGAGUAAGCUAUAGAUAUUAGACUAGGGAAAGCUUCGCUUUUAACCAAGGCUAAAUCUUUACAUAGUAUGCUCUGAUUGGUCAAAAUUUGAUAGGUGAGUUCAUGCGGAAAUGGAACUUUACUGAUAGCUCAAGCGGACAGAGUUUUGAGUCAUCUUGUGAUGGUUUUAACUGUCUUUUUCCACUGGAUGUACGAAAUGAAAUACAGCUGCUACCAAGAAUAUUUUACUAUUCAUGGAUGGUCUGUUUGUUGGGUUUUUGGUUAAGAAACGCGCCGCUUGUCAGAAAUCCGACAUAAGGUUGCUUCUUUAGCUGUAAAAGGAUUUUUUUUCUAGAAGCAACGGACAUGGAUAGGGGUUACGAAGAAAAGGAAAAAAUACUUGAUUCAACUAUUGUUAGUCAAUACUCCGAACAGACUAAGACAGAUCACUUCCCCCCCCGCCAAAAACCAAAACAAACAAACAAACAAACAUGAAUCAUUUAUCUUUACCUCGUUUAAAACAGGGAUUUGUCAUCAAACAAAAUAGAGGAAUUACCUGAAGCUGUCUUUACAAACCUCCGUUAUCUAGACAAACUGUAAGUGGUACAGAUAAAUAUUUUAAGUACAGCAAAUACAAUAUUAUCCUGCAAAAUUACUACAGCACUGAAUUACUAACCUUCUGAAUAUUUUGAAAAGCAUUUUCUGUAAUAAAAACAGAUGACACGCAGACGGAAUCAGUGCUUACCCCUCAUCUCACCCAUUACACUCAACAGUUUGAAACAGAUCAAGCAAAGGGGACUCUAUAAUAGACCACUUUUUUGCCACCUUUUUACAGGGAUUUGUCAUCAAACAAAAUGCGGGAAUUGCCUGAAGCUGUCUUUGCAAACCUCGAUUCCUUGGAGCAACUGUAAGUGGUACAUCAAUAAGAUGACAUCAAUAAGACUCCGCAACACAAUAAAGCUAAAUCACAAAGCUAGUGCAUUUUCUAAAAAAAUGUGCCUGUCAGCGAAACAGCAGGUAAUGACACGCAAUAUUGUUCAACGUAAAGGAAAGAAAAUAUUAAUCGAAACUAUGCUACAUACAUUGCAGACUUUCAAUUGUAUCAUUUCUCCUUCUGUAUCGUAUCUUCUUCUUGUUCUCUAGUUAAUCUAUUGUUUGUUGGUAAAUAUCUAUUGCAAAUGGCUUUUUGCCCGGUAGUAUUAAUUGUAAAUGUGAUUAUCAAGAACAAAAAAUCUCCCUCUAGUCGCUAUGAAAAUAUUGUAUCAUUUACGUAACAAAUGUCAAUGGUGACAUCAUAAGCCUUCAUCACAAAUCCAACCGCAACAGUAAUAUCAGUUAUGACACUAACAACUGCCACAUUCAUUAAAAUAGCCAUUUGCUAGUGGUCACUGAUAAUAUUUUUAAAAAAAGUUUGAGUACCAUCAUAUGGUAAAGAAGAAUCAAUAGGCUGUUGACGACAGAGACUAGGGCUUCAAAAUCCAGUGCGGAAGUACUCGUCACAGCUAGAAAUCUUGUCGAAACCUCUUUCUGUGGCACCAGUCGUCCUUAUCAGGAAUAAGAACUCCCCUGUAAGACACCCAGAAGACAAUACUCAACCGACUUACGACAUUCAAUUGAGGCACUUAGGGCCCAAAAGGUGAAUGAGUCUUCUCCUUAUUAAUGAAGUCUUCUUUUUUGCAAGUAACCUUUCAUCAAACGCUAUAUCAAUACUACAUAAAGACGUGUUUGCUAAUCUGAGGAGGCUGAACAUACUGUAAGUUAAGGGUCACUUACACUUUACAUAACCUUUAUUGUGUUUGAGAGAAGUGAUUUAUUUUAAUGUCAUGUUUUGUUAGAAACCCAUGAUUUAUUUUAAUGUCAUGUGAAAUUAAAGUUGUUAAAAGUGGUGGUGGUGGUGUGGUGGUGGUGGUGGUGGUGGGUGGUGGUAGUGGUGGUGGUGGUGGUGGUGGUGGUGGUGGUGGUGGUGGUGGUGGUGUGAGUGGUAGUAGUAGUAGUGGUGGUAGUAGUAGUGGUAGUGGUGCAGUGGUAGUAGUAGUAGUGGUAGUAGUAGUACCGCAUCAUUUUACAGUAAAAAGUGUAGACAAUCAAAAUAUAAAACACAACAGUAAAAAUUCGUUAGAAUCACGUAUUUUCAUGCAGGAGGAAACAAACUUCAUAACUAACUUAUUUACAUGUGUUCCUUCGAAUUCAUUAUCAGUUUUAUGUUUCUGGAGAUGAUUUCUUGUCAAAGUCAGUAGAUUGAUUUGUUAAUAAAUGCCUGUCUCUGUAAUGUAUUUGUUACAUUGAAAGAGGAAAUAGUUUGAGUGGGCAAAUGAUCGUUUGGUAUCGACCAUGUGUUUGUGAUUACUUAUUUUAAAUUUAACAAAAUUCUGUCGUUCGUCAUAAUGUCAUAGCUGGUAGAGAUAAUCAGAUGUAGUAUUCAUCUUUAAAAGUUUUAUAAAAUUCUAGUUUUUUUUUUAAUUUUCGGAUAUUUCUCUCUCAUUUCUGUGGUAUAUCGUCUAAUUUUAUCAUUAUCUAGGAUUCAGCAUCUAAACUGGUUAGAUUGUAUUGUUCAAGCAUGUUUAUGAAAUUGGAAAAAUAUCCGGAAUUAUUCAUAGAAUGUAGAUUCUUUGACAUAAGGAGAGACUGUUUGACUAUAGAGUCAUUAUCUUUGUUGUUGAGGUAAACAAAAUAUUUCAUAAUUUUCUGAUUUAUCGGAUAAGCAGCGGCAGUCUAUCAAGUUCAGUCUGCAGUGUUAUUAUUGUUAACCUCUAAGUAACGUUUACAGAAUUUGAGGUGGAUUUUUUCUAUUGGGUAGCUAUCCCAUUUUUUAAAAUCUUGCUUGGUAUACAUUCCCGGCCGUUAACAAAACCCGGAUCGGAUUGCUCGGAUCGGAUCGGAUCGGACUCCGGAUCGGAUCGGAUCGGAUUUCGGAUCGGACUAGUAUCUUCACUUUUGGUGCAGAAGAAUUAUUUUGACAAAAGCUGCUUUAACAAUGACACAGGUGGCUCGGACAUUUUCAUCUAGUAAACUUCUAUUCAGUCACGAAAUGGAGGUUUCAGCUUUCAGAUGAGUUUACUUCUAAACAUGUAAUCCGUGUCUGUCUGUAAUACAAAUCAGUGACAAGAAGAUGUAUGCCAACAGGAAGGACCGGUAGCUAGUAGUGGGCCGGGCUGUGUUGAACGUAGAAUUUAUGUGUAGCAAAUAACCUUGAAAGGAAACGUGUUUAAAUGCACAUGCUAAUUUCUGCUGAUGCACAAGUGACACCUAAAGGGCCGGAUAUGUUGCAGAAAACACAGAAGCGACCAAUCGAAGAAUCUCGUUUCACAGUAUUUGUAAUAAACAAUUUUAAUAUCGUACCUUCGCUCUUCAUUUUUAACGUUUCAAUUGCCUCCUCUGAAAAGGAAACCGUUCAAGUAGGCUCAGAAAAUAACGAGAUCACUUUACAAUAAAAAAAAGAAAAGAAACACUAAAUUAGUUACAGAAGAUUGUAUACAUACUUUUCUCUCCGCCAUCUUCGUUCCGGGGGAUGUCACGUGACCAUUUUUGGCGGGAAUUUAAGGCGAAUUGCCAGUCCGAUCCGAUCCGUAAUCCGAUCCGAUCCGAUCCGAGCAAUCCGAUCCGGAUUUUGUCAACGGCCUACAUUCCCCAUACCUCGCUGUUGUAACUCAAGAUUGGGAAUACCAUGGUGUCAAAAAUUUGGGAUGCAGUAUUAGGAUUAAGUUUGUUAAGAAUUGUCCGCUUCCGAAUACUAGAAAACGCGUGAAGGGCCUUUUCUUUUAAGUGUUCGAGUGCAAGUGUAAAGUUUCCCGUUGGAGUUAAACGUGUACCUAAAUAAGUGUAUUCUUGGACAAUUUCAAUUGACUCACUGCCUAUGUUGAAUUUGAUGUCAAUAGAUUUUUUUUUGGGCGUUUCUGGAAUAUCAUAAUUUUGUUUUCUUCGGAUUAAUUUUUUAGCUUCCAUUUGUCAGAAAGCGCAUUUAAACAGUUCUGUAAUCCAGUUUUCGAUCUUGAUAGAAUAACUAAAUCAUCUGCGUAGAAAAGUGAAUUUAUUUUUUUUUCCAUUUGGGAGUGGGUCAGAUAAGGUGUUUUCGAAUAAAAGUGGUAGAUUGUUUAAAUAGAGGUUAAAUAAAAGAGGACUUAAAAUACAGCCUUGACGUACACCUCUGGAAUAUGAAAAAGGCUGUGUUUUGUUUUCACCGAUUUUGAUGGAACAUGUCGAGUUGCAAUAAAGACUUUUCAUGAGGUUGUACAAGUUUCCUCCUAUAUUCGUUUUUUAGCAGCUUAUAAAACAAUCCUUCGUGCCAAACAGAGUCAAACGCUUUGCGAAAAUCUACAGAAACAAGCGUAGACUUUUUCCUUGUGAUAAUGCACAUAUUUAUCUAUUAGGGUCCUUAGAGUGAAAACAUGGUCUGCAGUGCGGUUUUCAGGCAAAAAGCCAAUUUGGGAAUUAUGUAAUAUCUUAUUUUCCUCAAAAUACAAGUGAAGUCUUCGAUUUAAAAUAGAACAGAACAAUUUUCCAAGGCAACUAGAAACACAUAUGCCUCUGUAAUUUGUUGGAUCACUCUUGUCACCAGAUUUGUAAAUUGGGGUUAUGAGGCCUUGACACCAAACAUCUGGCAUUUUUCCGGAUUGUAAAAUGAGGUUAAAAAGUUUGACAUAGACAGGCAUUAGUGGUUCGAGGCUUGCUUUGAUCAUUUCAUUUCGUAUUUUGUCAAUAAAUGGUGAUUUCUUAUUUUUCAAUUGGUAGUGGUAGUGGUAGUGGUAGUGGUAGUGGUAGUGGUAGUGGUAGUGGUAGUGGUAGUGGAAGUGGUAGUGGUAGUGGUAGUGGUAGUAGUAGUAGUAGCAGCAGCAGUAGUAGUAGUGAACUUUAUUAAUGUGUCAAGAAUCUCCAGCGCAUAGCACUCUUUGGUUACACAGAAGAUAAAAAAUAAAAUAUUAAAAUCAAAGAGUCAAAUAUUAAAAUCAAAAAAGUAAUAGAAAUAGCAAUAGCUAAGAAAGUUGAAAAUUUAAGACCUUUUUACACGUAAAAAUGUAUGUAUACGAUAACAGGAUAAUUUUGCUUAGUAACGUAGCUAGGGUCUCAAAGUUAAUUAUUAUGAAAAUACUGUAUCAUUUACGUAAUAAAGUCACUGGUGAAGCUCUGGUGACAUCAUAAGCCUUCAUCAUAAAUCAAACCGCAACAGUAAUAUCAGUUAUGACACUAACAACGGCCACAUUCAUUAAAAUAGCCAAAUUUUUUUCUACGGCCAUCCUCAAUUAAGGCAGUCAGGUCUGUUCUCCUAAUUUUAGUCUUAAAUCUGCGCAGACUGUCCUUGGCACAUAUAUGCAUAUAUUUGCAACAGGAAGUCGAAAUCAUGAGAUUUUAAAUGUCCAUUAGAGGCCAAUUUAUGCGUCCUUAUUUAUCUCCCUGUUUAUUGAUUUAUAGAUACGUUUUUCUUUAUUUAUUUAUUUUUGUGUGUGGGAAAACCGUAGAGUAUUGUAAAGUAUAUAAAGCAUGGUCUCCCGCCUAUUUACAUCUCUAAAUUAUUCAGUGCAGAGAAUAGCUGUUUAACUAGCUUACAGAUCAAUGGUUGGAACUUCUCAUUUGGUCCAUGCUAUCCAAAAAAUUAUGAACUGCCGAAAGCCGGUCUCUUAAGACUUUUAGUCUUUCUUGUUUUAAGACUCUUAAAUGAAUUUAUAUCAGGAAAGUCGGCCUAUCCGGAAUCGUUAACAGAUACGUAAAUAUCCACAGCAUAGCUCCAAUCAACUGUAGAAACGAAUUGUAUAUCCAAUUAGUUUUAAGAAUUCUAGUGCCAGGAAGGUAUAAAAAAUAAAGCGUAUAAAGCAAUCUAAGCUCGAAGGUUAAAGACUUAAUCCAACUGUUUUCAUCAA